UAUACUGAUUCAUUAGCGGAACGCUAUGGGCGUACCAUACCACAUUGCCUGUGAAAUAGUGGACUAAACCCGUGUUUUUCACUUGAAAUAAUAAACAAAAUAAAAGAGAACCUCUAGAACCUUUCAGAAUAAGUUAAUCGAUAGAACAUCUAUGAGUUUUAGUAAAUUAGUGAUGUGUCGAAGUUAUUAAUAUAGCAAAUCGGUCAUCACUACAAUGCGUUAUAAUUUUAAAGGGCUUGUGUGUGAUUAACAGUUUAAUUCGCGGGUUAAAAGUGUUGCUUAGUACUUAGAUUUAGUACCUAAUACUUAAGGUAUUUUUGACAACUUUUUGUGCCAAUAGAUUAGUAUAGUAUUUAUUCAAGUAAAAGAUUUUAUAUCUGUAGCAGAGUAGGUACCUACUAAGAAGAGAUAAAAAUCAAUGAAUCAGUUCCAAUGUCGUUUUAUAAUGAAGUCAUGUAGAAUAAUAUUUAUGUACAUAGCUGAAAUCUAACGAAGUAAAGUUAUAGAUAUCAAUGAGAUGAUAUCAAUAGAUGCCUAAUUAAAACGAAAUCUAAUUAUUAACAAUUGAUAACGAUUAAUGAUAACUAUAAAUAAAUAUAAAAGCUUGUGAAAAAUAAAUUCAUGGUAACUAAACCAAAUAUUUGCUAGAAAUAAUUAAAAAAUCUUAAAAUAGUGUGAGAGGUAUCAGUUUUCUAAAUUGAUCCAAAUGCGUGGCGUUGCCUUUCGAAAAUUGGCGCGACAAUGAGCAUAAAGCGAGUGGAAGCUGACACGGAGGGAGUGCGGGCCAAGGAGAGCCCUUGCUACUUCUGUAAUGAUGCCUUCGAGAUGGGGAAACUACAGAAUCACCUGAAGCAAUGCGGCAGUAUACUAGAGCAGUGUCCCCUGCGCUGCGGAGCCUGGAUACAGAGGAAACACAGGGACACCCAUGUGAAGGAGUGUCCGCAGAUGGAAAAGAGCAGAGACGUAGCGUCUCCAAGCCACGUGCGGUUGUCCGAUCCGUCUCCACCCGCUGUCACGAACCACACGUGGAACCCCAAGUCCCUCCCUCUCGAGGAGUGCGUCAGCUACCUUGAAAAGGAAGUCACUUCCAUCAAGCUUCUCCUGGCCGAAGAAUCCAGCCACCGAGACCUCCAGUCCACAGAGCUGGAAAACCUCAGAUCUAAGCUGGUACUAGUCGAGGAGCGAGCACAGCACUUCCUCUCGACCCUGGUGUCUUUGCGAGGUGCAGUAGACGAUGAGGCUGAGCGUGCCGCCAACUGGGCAGCGCAGUUCAAACACGACCUGUCCAAUGUACAGCUGGCUUUACAGGAGUUGCAAAGCCAGCAGCUGACGACAGUGAUGCGACUGGAGAGUGCUGUCAGCAGCUUGGUUCACGAGCAGCAUGAGAGAGAGCUACUGGAGCAAGCGCUGACUCAGCAUGAUAACAGGAUCCGAACCAUCAAGAGCCUGGAGGAAGUAAUAGAGUACAUAAAGCAGACAGUAGAAGAGGAGAGAGAGCGGAACGCGGAGAGUCGCGCGAUGCUGGAGAGUGAGCUGAUGGAGUCGCGGCGCUCGUCGGAACAGCUGGCGCAGCUGUCGGUGCUGAGGAUGCAGAUCCAGAACACUACGGCUGAAAGACCUGCAAUAGAUCGCUUAGCAGUCCUAGAGGUGGCCACGGCAGACGCGCGAGCGGAGACGGCGGAGCAGGCGAACAGGAUGGACAAAGUGUCGCGAGACCUCAGGGCUCUCACCAAGUCCUACCACAAGAUGCGCAGUGAGCUGGCUGACUUUCAAACUAGGGUUAUUUUGGACAACCCUGAACUUGCUGGAGAUAAUGGUCACCUAAUAUGGAGGAUAGACAACUUCGCGGCUCGAAUGAAAGACGCCAAAGAGAAAGAUUCAAUCCUGACCAGUCCUCUGUUCCGCACCAGCAAAUACGGCUACACGUUAAAGGCCGAAGUGCACCUGAACGGCAUCGGCAAGUGGAAGGGCCGUCACAUUACCAGCACCGUGCGCCUUGUCACUGGGCCCUACGACCCUUUGUUGGAGUGGCCCUGUGACCUUAGUGUCAGCAUCAUACUGCGCGACCAGCCGGCUAACAAGAACCAGGCAAUGGACAUAGUAAAAUCCCUCGAUCUUCGUCGAAAAUCCUCCUCAAAAAGACAUGAUUACGACGAAACGGGUGACGAGAAGACGAAGUCCACGGAAACCCUCGACAUGGGCGUCAUCCAGAUGAAGAGGCAGUACAUCUUCAUACCACACACCAGCCUGGACAAGUUUGAAUACAUCAAAAACGAUGUUAUGUUCUUGGAGUUUCUUGUUAAUCAGUGACAAACCUAUUUAUUUAUACUGCACUCUAACACGGAGAGAAGUUACUAUAGGGCACUCUCUGUUUCUCAAUCCUUUACAAAAGACAAAGACAAAAAAGCCUGUGCGCGUUAACCAUUUUGAGUGACCAACCAGUCACAAACGAAACUAUGUUUUCGAAUUGAAUUUUGAAUGUUUUUUGUACAGUUUCUGCAAUAGUACAGAAAACAUCAUUUCGUUUGUGUUUGGACUUUUUGUCUGUCAUUUGUAUGAGAUUCGUAACAGAGAGCUGUAUAAUAACUUUUCUCCGUGGAUAGAGUAUCGAUGAAGCCGAAAAACUUUUUGACCUGGUUUCUCCUUUACCUAUUUAUCGUACUGCAAGGCAUCGUCAAAGUCUGCAUCUGUACGUAGUCGAAAUUCCACGGACACGUACGAAGCGAUUUGCCUCCUCGUUUCUGAUUCGAACCGCUAGGAUAUGGAAUGCCCUUUCGGCAUCAGUUUUUUAUUGGUGAUUAUUUUAAACAACAACCAUGACAAAAACAAUUUUACAUUAAAAUUAUCAAUUUAAGCGCAGUCAUGAUAACUUUUAGAAUAUUUUACUAUAUUUACUUAUUUUCUUUACAAUAAACUAACUCUUCCUCUCUGUUAAAUAUAAGUGACUACCUCUUAUGUAACUAUUGAUAGAAUUAAGGAUUAUAAAUAAAAAUACAUUUAAC